GUUGAUUUUUAUCCUCAAACGAAACAAAAGCUCCUGCUUGUUUGUUGGGGGAGACAUUGAGUUGUCCAUCUCCCACCGCCUCACAGGGUAUGGCGCUGUUUUGAUUUUUUCUGCCCCGACAUUCACUCCCUCGCAACCGAUUCUUCCAGAAUCACUGCACAUCCUCCCGACCACGGCGCUAUUCAUGAAGCUGUCUUACUGACAUUCUUCGACUCAGAUUGCCACUUUUGCAUUUCUGCACGUGUGUGAUCAAACUUAAUCUUUGAUCCCUCUUCAGUCUCGGCUGGUUUUCGGCUUUGAGUAUGGAUUCUCUCACGACUCAUCCCUCGAACGCUCAUCAGGCGAAGGCCUUCACCUCUCCCGCCUCCCUGUCCUUCCCCGGUGGUGCGGGUGACGCGACGACCCCGCCAUCCUCUGAAAAAGAUGGUGUCAUGGCGAUGGGUUCUCAGGGUGCGAAUGGAUUGAUGAAUGGCCAGCAGCACGGAGGUCACGCCGUCAACGGCAAUGGGGUGAUGCCCACAACUCCUGCUGCGACUCCUAGUGCCAACGCGCCGGGGAGUGGUAUUGUGCCUACCUUGCAGUGAGUAUACUUUUGCUGUUCUCUUUUGCUUUCCUUCUUCUGGUCUACCAGAAUACUGAACAUGUCUCUUCUUUCAAAGAAACAUCGUCGCAACUGUCAACCUUGACUGUCGCUUGGAUUUGAAAACCAUCGCACUCCACGCAAGAAAUGCGGAGUACAACCCAAAG